AUGGCAGGGCCUUCAUCGUCGAAAUUCACACGUUUGGCAAACGCAUUCAGAUUGCUGUCCCUCCGGAGCGACAUCGACGACCUCAUUCUGGAGUUGCUGGGCCAGUUCUCACUUGAGAAGAUAUAUGCCGAUGGCGACAAGGAAACAUAUCAGAGCCUGGUGAUAAAUCUGCUUGCGCAGUUGAAUGCCAUUUUCAACAUCCAGAGAUUGACGCUUCCUGCGGAUAGUCUGCAGUUUGGAUGGUAUUUGGGAUUUCUUGCCAGCUGGGAAGUGACUUUGCGAACAAUCGAAUUCGUACUUCAAGCUGUGGUUGAUGGAAGGGAACAGUUGUGGGAGUCGCGUUUGCUGAGGGAGAAAUAUUUGGCGGAACUACUUGUCAAUGCACUUCGCUUUCUCAUUCUUCAUCCCAAAAUCCCUUCAUCUCAGCGUGCAAAAGAUCGAAGAGACCGUUUUGCUCGACUACACAGGUCUCUUGAAAGGAUCUUCGACAGCUAUCCCGGUCCAGAAUCGUUUCUUCUGCUGGUCUGCAAAGAAAUCACCGAUUCUCUGCGAUCGGAGCCGAAUGGACUGGGCCUGCCCCAAAAGCUGAAGACCGAAUUGCCAAAUCUUGCAACAGAGCUGUACCCAAUUCGCGAUUGUCUUUCAUCUGAGUAUGUCACCUCCAUUGCUCCAGCGGAUGGCUUUCCAGGAGAUUGGCUAUCCCAGUUUCUUGCACUCCGAGAUGUUUCUCAAUUUGUCGUGGGAGCUUCACUUCAAUACUCCGUAAAUCAGGAAACACGCGAUGUCCGCCUUCAAUCCUGCUCAGCUAGGACGAGAAAUGCUGUCUUGAGAACCCUUGAGAAUAUUCGGUUGCCUCAUCACCUCUCUCAGUUGGACAUGAUUGCAACAUUCAGCGAGACCUUUAGAGUGGUCCUCCCAGAGACGUUGAAUCUGAGACGGAACUCCCUUGAUGGACAAGAAGACGAGAGCGAUAUCGAUGCUAUAGAUGCACUGUGUGCCCGAUUAAACGAUCGCCAGGUAUUGCACAGAGUGAGCGACAGGGAGUUAAUGCACAACGUAUCUCAAAUCACCAGAAAUAUCGAGCUGUUAGACGACCCAAGCGGCCAUUUCAAAGGCCCUCGACCGAGAUUGUUUGCUUUGAACUGUGGCAGUUGCCAUAUUGUUGGCGAGACGCAGCUGAGAAACGCUGAGGAUUGCGGAUUUCCGCUCGAUUUCCGAGAAUCUGCUGAGAUUACCCUUCCAUCAAAAGCAAAAUGCAUUAUGUGCAGAGAAGCUAUCACCAUGAUGCGAGAGGUCGCGGUAGCUAAAAAUGUUUGGGAAUUGUUGAAGCCCCUCGAACCCAACGUCGAUACCAUCAAUGUGGAACGUCAUCUCUCAGCUCAAUUUCAGCUGGGACCACCAAAAGUCGAAACUGGAAUGCCAUUCCACGCUGGCUACGGAAAUAUCCUCAGCACGGGACGACACCGCUCGCAAGACACCGAUAUCUCGCCCAGCCGGGUCAUGUUUCAAGGGUCGAUAUCUCCAGAUCGUUCGCGUACAAUCCCUCAAGCACUGCUUAUGUCCCCUAGAUCUCCAGGAUUCAGUCACAUGGAUACCCCACGUUCUGACGUUCCGCCCUCUGAGGAGAUGACCUCUAGUGACAAGGGUUAUUUCGACAACACUGGAACCUUUGGUAGUACUGGAACGAGCGAUUCUCUCGUAAAACCGACUACCUCCUCAGGCGAGACAUCAUUGCCGUCAGGCGAUUCUGCAUUUGUUCGUGGCUCUGGUCAAUCUCGUCUGCAGUCCAUGUCGACUGUAUCAUUUGUUCCGGAACCAUUGUCCAGGAGCCAAACCGCACCAACAGUGGCUGCACCUGAGAAGGGGAAAUCGAGAUGGCGAUCCAAACUUACAGGUUCAAGACGCGAGACACCUUCGAGGGCAGAUUCGAGUUCAGUAUCAUCCGGCACACUAGAGUCGCCCAAAACGGAGGAAAUUCAACUCAAGAGCUUGAUGAGCUCUGCAAAAUCGUCAAGCAAAGGGAAAGGCAGUAAGAAUGUCAAUGCAGGACUGUCUCAAAACUCAACGUAUGCGUUAUUUUGGACACAAACAUGCAUCAACGUAUGGGACAUCAGCACAAGUUCUCCUAUUCUAGGCCGUGCUGUCAUGACUGAAAGCAAUUGUGUUCUGGCUGCGGUCACGAAGAUGCAUCUAGCAUAUAUCAUUGGGACCCGAGAUCAAAAACUGACAUUACGCAUUGUAAAUCUUAUUUCAGCAUCAGCAACCCCGAUAGAGUACCGAAUGCCAUCAUCACCUUGGUGCCACAGCUUAGCAAUUUGUCCCAGGGAAAAUUACGUUGUAGUCGGUUUUGAUAAUGCAAUUGUCCGGUUCUAUAACACUUCAAGGUCUGAAGAGCCCCGAGAGGACCGGCUUCACAUCCGAUCAUCGCACAGAGACUGCAGAGCGUGUCCACCAGUCAACACACUAUCCUUCUCCAACGAUGGACUAAAUCUACUCGCAAGCACGAGAAGUGCCAAAAACGGCAUCAUCCAAGUUUAUUCUUGGCGGUUCCCAUUCGAAGAGUUUGGGGAAUUGGCCAAUUGCAGAUACCACGUCCCAUUACAUGAAUCUGAAGAUGGUGGAGUGUCAACCGUCACCUUUCGAUCUGGGAAUGGAGGCGAAGAGAACUUGAUGUGCGUGACUACUUGGACACAAUCAGGAAUUCCAGUGUUGUUCCAGCCUUCGGAUGGUCAUCGUAGCGAUAUUCGAACAGAUUCAACAACCCAUCAGGGCAAACUUGGAAGUCGGAUCCAAUGUGCAGCAUUUUCUCCAACUGGUAGAGAGCUGGCUAUGGUUAAUGACAAGGGACAUCUCUACCACAUCACGAAUCUCAACUCAAGCCCAAUCGAAGUCAAAAGAAUUGCAAUAUCCAAGGAACUCACAACAAAGUCAGACUGGUAUGCGAUGACUUACAUGUCACUACCGGACGAGGAGGCUAUUGUGCUCGUAUGGGCCGAUGCAUCGAAAGCUGUUGCAUACGUGAGGAAGGUACCCGUAAAGUACAAUACACUUGAUACGCCAGUACCAAUGACACCAUUGACAGGCGGCUUUCCAGGACCUCGUUAUGAACUGCCAAGUGAGGGACGAGAGAUUCCGAAACCUCCAGUUGAGCUAAGUGUCGACGAGAUUCUGCCCUUGAAAAUAUCAAAGGAGAAAGAGAAAGCAUGA